AUGUUCGAACCAUUUACUUCGAUUGACACAAUAUCCUGUGUACCAUAUCCAACACGUCCGAAAAGUAGAGGAUUCGUUUCAAUCAGAUCCAGCGAUCCUCAUGACGAUCCUGUUAUUGAUUUAAAUUUUUUUUCACAUCCUUACGACUUAAAAGUUAUCGUUGAAGGUUUCAAAUAUUGUCUAAGAAUGGCAUCCACGAAAGCCAUGAGAAAAUUUGGAGUUUAUCCUCUUCCAGUGAAUGUACCCGGUUGCGAACAUUAUGAGAGAUUCAGUGACGAAUAUUUCGCUUGUCUAGUAACAACACUACCAUUUACAAUAUACCAUUAUUGUGGAACAUGUAAAAUGGGAAGUUAUGCUGAUCCUACGACUGUGGUUGAUCCAACGCUGAAAGUUAAAGGUGUAGAAGGGCUAAGAGUUGCAGAUGCUUCGAUAAUGCCUGUUGUUAUAAGUGGACACUUAAACAUUCCAACUAUGAUGAUUGGGGAGAAAGCUUCCGAUAUGAUUCUUUAUGAUUUACUUCAUAAACAUAAACACAAAUAA